GGCACCACCAACUGAUUGCUCACUCUUCAGCAUACUACGCAACAAAACAAAAACAAAUAACAAAAGAGGUCUACAAAGCUUUGUAAAACGGGAAUAGCAAAGGAAAGUUAUAAAUAUAGUGGUUAUUGGUAAAAAUGAGCUCAUCCAAACAUUCACUUUACUCUUUCUAAAAAAAAAGUAAUCAUGUUCCAUUACUCUAACGUCAGACGAACGCCGUCGUUGACAUUCCCUCCUCACCAACGUUACGAUUAUCACUGCUACGACAACAGUAUUCUAGUAGGCAAUCCAGAAAAUGAAUUGUUGUUGACAUCGGCCUUUGAUCCAAUGAUAUCGUUUGACCCCCAACAACAGCAACAGCAAAACCAGGAGCAGUCAUAUCAAAGAACGGCCCUGGGAACAAUAACACCACAAACGGUUUUGCCGGGUCAUGAUGUUGCUUCGGCCUACUAUGCCUGGAUGUGGGACUGUAGCAACACUCCUGGGUUGCACAGCAUUAAAAACGACAAUGCUGACCAGCAGCAGCACGUUGUCGAUCAUGGUACUUUUUUGGAAUAUGACAGCAGUAGCACGCUUAUCGAUAUGCUUUUGACAGCUGCUGCGUCAAACGGCGACGAUCCUUUACUUUCAUGCAUGCCAUCUGACGAGCCUUCACCGCCUUCAUCUACUAGCACGGAAGACCAUCAUCUUAACCACUAUCAACAGUCACCAGCUGCUAUCACUGAUGCUUCCACUGAGAAGAAGGCCGGAAAUGCUGUAUCGAAACAACGGCAGCAGUCUACAAAGAAAAGACGAAGCACAUCGAAUGCCCGGAUGGGAUACUGUCAACACCCAAAACAUUUGAACUAUCGCGAAGAAAACAAUUCAGCUGUCACGUGUACCAAAGCUGCCCUGACACCACGCCGUGGCCGUCCACCAAAGGGAACCAAGGCCAUCGACAAAAAGGCGGUCAAGGAAGGCUACGUCUGGGCCAUGACGGUGCGACCACUACCUAAACGAUUGGAAGCUGUUGUUGGCUAUGCUAAUAUCAAGGUGUGUUUGACAUGUCUCAAACGCAGUGAUACGGACCUAGAAUACCUUGCCCAUCCUGCUUAUGUGGGACCCCAACAACAACAGCAACACAAUAACAGUAGUAAAUAGUAAUAGUACCAGCAACACAACCGAAUCCAUAACAACCUUCAUCUAUGGUUUUUUGGAAAAUAAAAUUAUUU